AUGGCGAACGAAAAGCCUGAGCAAGCAGACACCGAAAGGCAACAAGGACCAAAGCGAGAAACGUAUCCUAUAACUAAUCUAGAAAAUGGCAUUAUAGCUUGGGAACGACAAGACGAUCCACUAAACCCAAGAAAUUAUCCCGCUUUUCGGAAAUGGUUUCUCCUUUCCCUCGUCAGCAUGAUUACCUUAAUUAGCCCACUAUCGUCGUCUAUUUUUGCUCCAGCAGUAGGAAAUGCUGCAGAUGAGUUUGGCGUUACAUCGUCGAUAUUAAUAUCUCUGGGCGUCACUGCUUACUUAUUUGGCUAUGGUUUUGGCCCGUUGUUCUUGUCGCCCCUCAGCGAAAUGUACGGACGUCGAAUAAUUCUUAGUCUGGCGACAUCUGCUUUUGUUCUCUUCCAUAUUGGAUGCGCUCUUUCUCCUAAUUUCUCUUCCAUUAUCGUAUUUCGACUACUCGCAGGCCUGGGAGGAUCCGGGUGUCUGACAAUUGGAGGCGGAGUUGUAUCAGAUCUAUUCGAGCCCGAAAAUCGGGGUCUUGCUAUGGCUAUAUUUUCUGCUGGGCCGCUCUUCGGGCCUGUUUUAGGGCCAAUAUGUGGCGGGUUCAUUGCACAAAACAUAGGUUGGAGAUGGGUCUUCUGGAUUCUAACCAUUGUAGGUGGAACGCUGACGAUAUUUGUCAUGUUCUUCAACCGUGAAACGAAUCCCGCCAUUAUAAUUAAGCGUAAAACAGAGCGCUUGAAGAAAGAACUCGAUCGUGCGGAUCUUCGCAGCUAUUAUGAUGACUCUAGCAAAGAGAAGAGCAAGACGGCAUGUUUCCUAGACCGGCUUACAACUCCAUUCCAACUGUUGUUUCGAUCGCCCAUCAUCUCAAUUGUGGCGUUAUAUAUCGCGGUUAUAUAUGGAUGCUUGUAUCUCCUCUUCACCACUAUUACCGAAGUUUUCCAAGACGUAUACCACUGGAGCGAACAGCUCAGCGGACUGGCUUAUAUUGGGCUGGGCUUGGGAUUUGUCGCUGGUCAAGUCGCCUUUGGACUUUUAAGCGAUAGAGUACUCAUCUUGCUAAAAGCUCGCAACAAUGAUGCUUUCGAGCCCGAGAUGCGCCUUCCUCUCACCAUCCCAUUUUCAUUUUUUGUCCCUAUAUCGUUCUUUUGGUACGGAUGGUCUGUCCAAGCUCAUUGUCACUGGAUUGUGCCUAUUAUCGGGCUUUUUCCCUUUGCCUUUGGUUCGAUUGGAAUCUUUGCGUCUCUACAGACGUACGCCAUUGACUCUUUCCCUCGCUAUGCUGCUUCUGCUAUCGCAGCCAUUACUGUCACUCGAUCUUUUGCUGGCGCACUUCUCCCUCUUGCUGGUCCGCCGAUGUAUAGAGCACUAGGAUAUGGUUGGGGUAACUCAUUGCUUGGUUUCAUCACAUUGGCGCUAAUUUUGAUGCCUGUUCUUUUUAAUCGCGUGGGAGCAUCUCUGAGAAAAGCGUCUCCUUUACUAGAGGCUGCGACUAAAUGA